AUGGCCAUCGAAGAAGGACUCAACAAGCCAAAGACGACCGUCGGGCCCUUCGUUAAUGGCAAGCCGACCACAGUGUCAUUCUUCUCUGCACAACAGUUACAAGACUCGCCAUUCUUAACCAGUCUCCUAACAACAAUCAACUUGGCAUAUGCAAAAGGAGAAGGCUCGAAGCCUGAGCUAGGCUUCAGCAAAACUGAUCGCCUGAGCUCUAUCAGUGGGAUCUUUGACUACAUACGAGACGAUCCCGAGGCGUUUCUCGUUGUUCUCAGCCACCAGGAAAGCUGCGAUGUCAUUGCCACUGCAACUUGUCGCCGGUAUCUGGCCCCUGAUGAGAGCAAAUCGCCCUGGCUGUGCUCGCAUAAUGUCGAAGAUGGCACUGAAGAGUGGGAAAUUAGGCUGCUGGCUACUCAUCCGUCUGCGCAAGGGUGUGGCGCCGCAGGGUUCAUCAUGAAGGCAACAGAGCAGGAAGUCAUCGAGCGCUUUGAUCGAAAGCGGAAGGCGAUAGAUACCCAUGCAUCGACACGACUCAAGAUGGUGCUCUGCGCUAUCAAGGAACUGUACCCUGAAUUCUACAUGCGUAGAGGAUACGGCGUAGACUAUGUCCACGAAGGAGGAGAGGAGCGCAAAUUCAACAUCUUGUUCAUGUCGAAGACCUUGGCUACGCUUCCGUGA